AACCUAGAGAUAUUCCACUAAACAUUGAUAUGAAAAAAAAAGACAUUUGUAUGAUUUGCAAAAGUGUUAUUGAUCCAAGUCUUAAAGACUCAAUUACAAUUUUAAGCUAUAAACAUUUUUACUAUAAAGAAUGUAUUGAACGUGCUAAUAUUUCUACUUCACUUACUGAAUUUACCGAACCCACGUUUACUGAAUCUAUUGAAUCUACCGAACCUACAUUUACUGAAUCCACUGAACCCACAUUUACUAAAUCCACUGAAUCAACCAAACUUAUUGAAUCUAUCGAAUCUACAGAAUCUAAUGGUAUGCUUGUUAAAUUCACUGAACUUACUACUUCUUUUAUAUUAAUUGAAUAUACUGAAUCUAUUGCUUCUGUAGAUUCUACGGAUUUCACUUCUGCACCUAUUGAGUUAAUUGAAUAUGCUGAGGCAAAUCAAAUGGUAAUUAGGAGUUGGUAUGAAUUUGCGGAUGAGCUUGAUAAACAGAUUAAUCAAACAUUAAGGAAUCAAAAAAAAUCUAAACAUAGAAGUUCUAAAAAAUCAGCAACAUCUGAAGUAUAUGAUAAACUUUUAAACCAUUUCACUGAUAUGACCCGUGUUGCUUUAAGAAAAAGGGUGGAAAAG